AUGAAACAAAACGACGCGUACGUCGAGUCCGCGUUACUCACCACCCGAAAAGAAGCACUCUCGCUCUAUCGUGCGGUCAUUCGAGCGUCUGUUUUAUUCGUUUGGAAAGAUAGUAAAGGCCACGUUUGGAAAGAUGUCAUCCGGGAAAGCGCGAGGAAAGAGUUCGAACAAGGCAAACACGAGCGAGAUCCGGAGAUGGUGAAUCGAUUGAUUCUCAGUGGACGCGAGGCUGUAGAUGUGGCUUUGGAUAAAUUUAUGGAGCAGAGACAGAAGAUUAUGGACGAGGAGAGUAAAGGUAAAAUGAAGUAG